AUGGGUCAGCAAGCCCACUAUGGAGCCCAAACAUGCUUGGGCACCAAUCCCAGGAAAUGCCAAGAUUUAGGAGACUCCAUUCUUCUGAUCCUGGGCAGCUUCAUCUUGCUCAACGUGGGCAUCAACGUGGUGACUCUGCUCUGGAGGAAUCUGAAGAGCUCCUUGCGGAUAAUUUUCCAUCAUUUUUUCCCCAAAGAUCCCAGGAGCUUGUACUCAAGAAUCUCUUCCCAUUUCCAUCGUCACCCCAGCCUCCUGCUUGGGCAUGCUAACCACCUUGACUGGAUGCCAGGCACAAAUGAAGAGAAGGUUUCUCGGUGCUGCUGGAUGCCACCCCAAUGUGGACAUCCCAUAGGUCCCAGAGAGGCUCCACGGGAACUGUGGAAGGAGAGGAUGGUGGGAUCCAAGAAGGAUCCUCAGGUCACAUCCACGAGAGCCCAGGCUUCCUUGUUUUCCAGGCCUGAGAGUUCUUCUCAGUUUCCAAAGAUGAACAAGAUGGACAUACUUCCACAUGCUUUAGCCCAAGAGAGCAAGACCAAAGCCCCAGACUACAACCCAGCCCACGCCUCAGCCCACAUCUGUGAGCAGAGCCUCACCCAGUCACAGACGCGUGCCUCAGAGGGCACUCACUUCCAGGCACAGGAUCUUGAGCACGCCUCAGCCGAGGCCCCAGCCCUCAUCCGCCCCCCUAGUGAAGUUCACAGUGCAGCUCAUGCCUCACCACCUAUCCCAGCCCCCAGCCUACCCUGUGCCCCAGCCCAGGCCCCACCUCCGAGCCAAGCCCGCCUCUCAGCCCAGGCCUUGGAGCAAGCCCAGGACCAAAGCCCAGCCCCUACUAUAGUCCAGAUUGCAGCCUUCGCCCCAGCCCCUCUCCCAGUCCAGAGCCUAGCUCCCACCCCAGCCAGGGGUUCAGCCCACACCCCUGAGCAGACCUCUGCUCACACCCCAGCCCAGGACCCGGGAGGCAGUCAAGACUGGGUGUACAACCCUGUUCCUUCAACCUGCCAGAGCUAUCGCCAGAUGUCCGCGCCUCCGAAAAUCAACUGGAGACACCAUUUCCCUGGGUCAGACGCUCGGAUAGGCCAUGUGGUCUUUGAUGCUCGCCAGAGACACUCAGUAAUGGGCAGGGAUAAGUGUGAAGCUCUGUGUCCCAGACGCCUUGGCCAAGAGGCACCCAGCAACGCAGGGGAGCCCCCCAAGGACUCCACAGCCAAGCAGGCACUAGAGCUGUUAUAUCUGAAAAUACAGUAG